UUUAGUCUGUUUGAUUGUGUUUCUGACGUUGAACAAUUUCAUUGCCUUUUAAUACAAAGAAUAUUCAACCUGCUACGACAGCAAUCCGGUAUUGUGUAAACGGGGCCGUAAUUCAUUGUUGUUCGUCAUUUUUGCAUACCAAACAUUUGAUCUAAGGGAAUGUGUCAAAAUGGUUUCUAGCUUUGAUAGAAUAUUACUAAAUAAAGUAUAAGAAAAAUUUCUUGAAGGUAACACUCCCAAAGGCAAUCAUACCCAGGAAAAAAAUUGGAGAAACCUUGGAGGCUCUUUGGAGAAAUUUUUACAAAAGUAUUUUUUGUGUCCUUAAAUAUUUUUGACAAUAUUGGUACAUCUUGAUGCAAUACAAUCAACAUCAUAUUAAAACAGGCAUUAAAAUAAGAAAUUCAAGAACUUGCAGCUCAUUCACAGUCUUUCUUCCUUAUUUUUCUUUUUUCAAGAAAUGACAUAAGCAUCCAUAGCCUGUCCAUUUUAUGUGGUAAGAAUAAAUAAACUUUAAUUCUUAUUUCUAAAUGAACAAAUUUCUUGUAUACAAGAACACAUUUUUGAUUUACAAGGAUGUAAAAUGUGUAAAAAACACCAGCUCUGGUCAGCCCAGAACCCAGAGUCAGCCCCAUUUGUCAACCCAUGGUCAAUCCAGCCAACUGCUGGCACCAAUGACUGGCACUGCCCAACCAACCCCCCCCAGCCGAAAAGCGCAAUCAACAUGGCGGCAAAUUUGGUUGCCUUUCAAUUGCUCGUUUCCUUAAAUGAAGUUAAAGAUAGCAAAGAAAAGAUUCUCAGCUUAUUGUCCUCACUAAAACGUUGCCAUAAAGAUGUUAGUUGUGAUUAUAUUGAAUCACUGAGUGCGAUCACAUCAUUUCUUCUAAAUGAAAUGCCUGAAGAUGAAACACAUAAACCCAAGACGAACGCAUCAAUAAAUUGCAAUGCAGAUAUUUUGAGUACUAUUCUACGUGACGGUUGCAUUCCAACUCUCCAUAAAUGUUCAAUUAACCUGACUGAACAGAGUGCAAAAGAAAAAUUAAAAAUAUUUCAGUUGACAUGUGCAUUAGUAUCAAAAAUUGUAUGUAUGGGAGAAGUAGAAAAUGGAGUUAUGGUAUGGAAUAUAGUGUUGAAUUCGUUCAGAUGUUUUGUUAAUGAUCAUGAAAGUGGUUCGGAUGGAAGUACUGAUCAAUCAUAUGGACAUCUUUCAAUUGAAGCAGCAUUAGAUUUAACUACAUACCUUCUUGAGAGCUACAAAAAGUUAAACGAUGAUGUUUUAUAUUUGCCAAACGAACAUUGUUUUGUGAAAAUGAGAGACACAGUCUUUGAAAAUUUGCUCACCAUCUUGGAUACAGUUGAAAAAGAAAGACUAGCUUUCAAAAUUACGAGGCAAAUUAUACCAAAAUUCCUAUCACUUCAGAAAAGUACCAUGUAUUUGCAAACAAAGAAAAUCUGGGAAUCUUUCAAAAAAUCAAGACUCGAAGAGCAUGAUAAAUGUCUUGUACCAUCAUGUUUUAAUUGUUCUUAUGCAAUUAUGUCCUCUUUGGUGGAUAUAUAUUUCAAAGAAGAAGACAAUACUACCUACAAAAUUCAUCAAGAUGCUGGAUUUUGGUCUUUUCUUCAAACUGGACUCGUCAACUUAGAUUCACUUGUUAGAAAGCGAAGUUUGUAUUUACUGAAAAAUGUGGUUGAUUUUUACAAACGGCAAAAUGAGAGUGAUGAAGUUUAUUUUACGUUGGAGUCAUUAGCAUUCUGGUGGAAUCCUUAUCAUGCUAGAGAAAUUUCUGAAACCUGGCAAGAGUAUGUAUUUUUACUGGAAAUCCUUGAAGAAAAACAGCUUCAUGUGAUUCAACCAGUUUUGCCUCGUGCUGAAAAUCUCAUUGCUGCUACUAAAACAAUCAAUGACAUGCAACAUCCCUUACUACCUGUUUCAUGGAUAACAGUUAUUAUUCACAGAGCAGCAAUACACGAAAAUCGGUUCAUAAAAAAGUGGGGAAUUAUGCUGUUGCUUACGUUAAAUCUUGACGAGGUGCCACUUUUAGGAGAUGACAAAGGCAGAAAUUUCACUCAUGAUACAUUUAUAAUGUUGCUGAAAGAACCUACACUUUACAUGAAGAAUCAUGGGGAAGGUAGAGAUGAACCAAGUUUGUUAACCAAGCAUUUAUUGACGUUUUUUAAGCGAUGUUUUCAUGCUCUUGUUGAAGCAAAAAGGAAGCAGUUUUUUAUAAACUGUUGUUUUCAAUAUCUCAAUUCAAUAUCAGUCACGCCUUUGACAUUCAUUACUCAAAGUCUUUCCAUUGUUCCACAAUUUAUGGUGUUUGAUAGAGAACUUUUGAAAGUUAUGAAGAAUAUAAUCAGGAAUAUUUGCAGUCAUUCUUUUGCAUUACGUGCUGCAGUUAAGACGUUUCUUCUCAGAACAAGUAUUAAUUUCUUGGAUCCUUCCAGCAUAAGAGUUAGUGAAAUAAUGGCGUUUUAUGGUUUUUUCUCGAAAGAAGAGUCGUUAUGUCGUGGUAGUGGACUGUGGAUGGACGUUGCUACUUGGUUACGUCAAAAUAAUGAUCAAAUGCAGAAGGAAAACAAAGAUAUUUAUUCGUUUAUUUACGUUUAUGUUGAAUCAUUUCUGAAAGAGAAGAGCGUGGAAGUUGGUGACGAGAUACCACAGAAUUUGGCAAAAUAUCUUUUCUUAUGUUAUGACAGUUCUUCCGUUUCGUUCAUUCAAAUUAAGGAACUUUUAGAAGUUAUUUCACUGACAAUUGAAAAAGGUCAUUCUAAUAUAUAUCAUCCUAUCUCAAAAAGUUGGAAAGCAGUGCAACUACUUCAUGCUCUUUGUCAUCAACUGUUACCUUUAAAUGACGACAAACAAAUCAAAACCAGCGAUGAGAUGGUUACAUUGAUCUUUUGUCAUAGUCUAAAUGUGUUGGAAAAAAUUGCCACUACGUUUCUACGUAGUUUCACUCAAGAGAAUGAAAAUGAAACUUUCCAAGGUUCCAAAGUUUAUUUCAUGAUACUAAAAGAAAUGCUAAACCUUUGGGUGAAGUUCAAGUUCCCAGGAAAUGUUCAUGUAAUGUUCCAGCUUACAUUGAACAAACUUGCUCAAAUGACUUCUUCUUUGUUUAUCGCCGAAUGUGAAUGUAUAUCAAUGAAAAAUUGGUUCCAAUUUCUUGUUUGUUUAAAAUUGAGUCGCUGGAUAAUUGAUGUGAUUGAAGUAACAGAUAUCGUCAUGAGCGAGGAGAUGAGAGGCAAGAUCAUGAAUUUUUCCAACAUGCUAUCACUGACAAACACCUUGCGACUACCAAGUCAAGUGUAUCCUACAGGUCACAAGUAUUUGAAUGAUGAGAGUUCAUGUAAGCUCGUUGAAAUCAUCAUCACAGCAAAAUGGCAUUUUAUGAACAUCCGACUGGCGGAAAAUUUUUUCAGUUCAACAUUGAAGUGUGAUGUGCAAAAUAAAGAAAUUGUCGACAGCUGUGUUGAAGCUUUGUCGUUAACCUCCGGAUCAGCUACUUAUCCUUGCUUGGAAACUUUAAAGAUUGUUUUACCAAAACUCAUUGCAUCAGGCGAAGAAACAACAGCUAUUUUAUUACUAGAAAUCGUUUGGAAAGUUCUAUGUGAAAUCCAAGCUCGCUACAGUGGUGAUUUCUGGCCAGCCCUGAAUAUUGUGGUAAAAACAAUCUUCUCGCUGGACUUGUUAAAUCUCAAAGAUGACAAUGUGUUGGUGGGAUAUGUUAUAAAGUAUUGGGAUGCUUUGCUUUGUCUUGCUGAUGAAAAAUCUGGCGUGGUCAGUGUUGUUGUCGCUUAUAUAUGUCAAGUUUUAAUAAAGAUUUACCGCAAUCAAGAUUUGGAUGUAUCGCAAUAUCGUUAUCAUAUCAAUAUUAUUGCUGAUGUAUGUGUAUUUGGUCCAGUGCACAAAAAAGAUCUCAGACUUUUGCUGGACACUGUAUCCUAUGUGAAAUGUCUAAGUGAUAUGGAUGCUGUUUUGAAUUUUUCCCAACUUGAAGAAUGCGAAUGUGAGUCAGUGCGUGUACGAGUUGACUUGCUUAUGUUUUUAUUUCGAUCUCUCGACAUUUGUCCCCAGUCAUCUUUUAUGGUGGAACUACUGCGAGUCCUUUUAGACAGGAAUCAAACCCUUACAACUAUUAAAUCAAGUCGCUUUCUAAAUUCAGAAAAUCAUCGCAAAAAGCAAAGAUUAUGGCAAAUCAUACUCGUUCUAAUAGAAAAGCUUGAUUUAGCGAAAUUUUCGUCUGAGUUAUCCGUGAUGAUUCUGAAGUCACUAGAGGCAGAUAAUCAGACUUCUGUAAGGUUUUUAAUGGAAUGGAGUUUGGUUCAACUAUUCUCGAAUCAUGUGAACCUUUUGGAAAUAAUUUGGGAAAAAUGCAGAAUGUUUAUAGAACGUCUUGGUUAUGUUGCGUCCUUAAUCUCUGUUCUUUCACAUGUGUUUUUGACAAUUGAAGAAGCAGACGCUCAAUUAAAUUACCUCCGACGAUUUAUUCCUGCUGUAAUUCCAUUCAUUUUUAAUCAUUCUCAAAUCCGAGCAUAUAUUUUAGCUUCACUUCAGCUUAUUCUAGACAACUCCACGGAAGAUGUUUGGUCGAAGAUAUGUCUUCAAUUUCCCAUUAUUCAAUCUUGCCUUUCAUUUACGCAGAACGUUUUUGAAGGUGAAAAGGAGAAGACUCGAUUACAAAAAGAUCGCGAACUGUUUUCAUUACAUCCUGUACAUGAUUUUUGUCUUGAAGUCAUUUUUUACACAGUUCCGCGGUUAACUGGUGUCCAGGAUGAUGAAGUUAUACAACCGAAAGUAUUCAAAUCUGCUGGUUAUGAAGAAUGUGCAAGCAUGUCUAGUUUACCAUUAUAUCGCACCAAUUUCGUUAAAGAUAAUCAUACUUUGUAUGAAAAAGCGAUUCUUCAUAAAGUGGUUUGUGUUGUAGAAGAAGAAAAGAAGACUACUAGAGCGGAUGUUCAGAAAAAGAUAACACCUUGGAAUGUAGUUCCUCUGGCAGAAAAUGAUAUCGAGUUUAGUCAACGUCCACUUGAGCGUCAAGUUGGUGAUUUGGUUGUUGUAGCUUCAUUGAUUGAUCGUGCUCCAAACCUAGGUGGUCUUUGCCGCACAUGUGAAAUAUUUGGAGCGUCGACAUUGGUGUUAAGUUCUACACACGCUCUUUCGGAGAAAGAUUUCAAAUCCGUUAGUGUCUCUGCAGAGAAAUGGGUGAAUGUGGAGGAGGUUAAGACUCAUGAUCUACAGAAAUAUUUGGCAAACAUGAAAAAAGAAGGUUUUGCCAUAGUAGGUGUUGAACAAACUGCACAGAGUAAGAAAUUGACGGAAUUUAAGUUUCCUUGGAGCACAGUUCUUGUUUUGGGUAAUGAGAAAGCUGGUAUUCCAGUCGAGAUUAUACAGUUAUUGGACAAAUGUGUUGAAAUUCCUCAGUAUGGAGUAAUUCGUUCUCUUAAUGUCCAUGUAAGUGGUGCAUUGUUAAUAUGGGAGUAUUGUAGACAACAUAUACAUGCAAAAAAAUAGAAUUGUACAUUCCACAAUUUGAAGAACUUAAAAGGUUCUAUCAAUUAAAACACAUUAAAAAUAUAUAUGUUGACUAUCUGUGCAUGUAUAGAUAGUGAAUUUUUAUUACACUUUGUCAUUAAUAUUGAGCUUGGUAUAUACACAACUUUUAAUGAUAAAUAUGAAAAAAUCAAUUAUUAUUAAUAAGACGCAAAAUCUAUUAAAUUCAAUUUAUCAUACAGUGCAA